AUGUUGGCCGUCAUCCUACAGCAGUAGGAGGAUAUCCCAUCACCACCUAAUGGAGACAGGAUGCAUUGCCAUAGAAGGGAUAGCCAUUGGCUACAUUCACAGGAUGAGUGUGGUAUGGUUCAGAUGCCAGGGUGAGGGAAAUUACAUGGCCUUCCUAAAAUGAAAGGUUCAUAAAAUGGCAAGAUUAUUAUUGCAGGGUGAUGGUAUAUACCGAGCUUUUACCAAUCUGCCCCCCAAAUGUUUUGGACUAAAACUCCCAUGAGCUCUAGCAAGCAUAGGCUGAUGGGAGUUGUAGCCCAGAACUUUCGAUGGGGGCCAGGCUGGUAUAACCCAUGUAGUGUCUGACUCUCUCUUGCCUGCUGCCACACUGGAGUGAUGUGCUGGGGUUGUUCUUAGCCUCUCUAGUUUGUAACUACCAAGUAGUCAAUAUAAAACAGUGUUGACCCAGCAGAGAAGUUGUUGUCGCCAUUUCUGAGCCUCACGCUGGCAAAGUCCAUUCCACACAGUACUUGCAAAUAUCAGCAUCCUUGCUGGAAGGACAGGGCAUUUUUCCCAGUGACAAAACUGGGAUGGUCUGAGUGCUGGGGAAAUGUGUGACAUCCCUUCAAUAACAGCUCUUCCUCAAGAGGAGGGGACUGGAUCCUGUGCGUAUGUUGCCUAAAACAGCAAAACUCCAUUUUUUUGCAAAGGCAGUAGGAAAGGAGUGAUGUAAGAUAGGAUAAACCCUUCUACUUCUUCUGAGUUGAUCAAACAGAGGGAAAUAAAUGGACCAUUUAACUGCUUCAUUUCAAAUGACCGUGUGCUUAAUGUUGUUAGCAUUUUACCAAGUUCUAAGUGGGUAUGGAAGGGGGGAAAUAUCUAAUUUAAUUUGAUCCAUUAGUGGCUUCCAACCUUGAAUGUUGGCAUCUGAUACUUCAUGAGGGUUGGUUUUUUGUGUGUUUUUUUUGUUCUCCUUUGUGAUGUUCAAAGGCUGUCAUUCUGGUAUGGAUGGGAUGGCAUCAGCUGUGCCUGGCUCACAUGGUCUUCUUGAGCAAGGGAAGGGAUGAACAAGGAAGUGAUGUCUCAUAGCGGAGGCCAUUUUUUAAUCUCUAGGCAACCAAAGAGGGAUCCAGCAGGGAGACUGAAUCCCUCAGACUGGAAAUUAGCUGCAAACAUUUAGCCGGGAAGAUAAUUGGCAGUUGGAACAGUUUGCCAAUGGAUGGUGCUUGAUUCAGCGCUAGAUGUCUGAUAUCCCAUAAAAGGUACAGACACUAUCUAAGAAUUACUGGAGGGGUAAUAUAUGCACCCUGCUGUAUGACGGAAAUCAGACUGAUGACAGAAAGGCCCUUUACAAUCUGUGAUUCACUGAAACCCAAAUUAGACAAAUUGCAUUACAGAUUGCAUUCUUAAGCACAUGCUCUUAUUGGGGAGCAGGCUUAAUUGAAAUCAGUGGGAUGUGCUGCUGAGUAAAUGUGUUCAGGUGACAUUUCUCCAUUUGGCCAGUGCUGAUAUGCUCCCUGGCCUCGUUCUUGGUAAAGUCACCGUUGUCAGAGCCAUCAGCUGCAUACAUGGAUGGCGUUUCUAUCUAUCGCUGUGAUAAAUCAAUAUAAAUCUGAGCGCUAGAGGGCAGCACCCAACAAAAAAUGAGAUGCGAUGUAAAAAUUGCCUUACAAUUUGGUUUGGACAAAAACAUUCUUUUAAACGCCCUCCUACAGGGCUUAUCGUCAUUUAUUGCCUAGCAGGGAGGCCUGUUGUGGGAAACAUAAUUUUUUUUGGAAGCAAUAACUGGGAGGGAUCUACUAUUAUGGGGCAGGGGGCUAAUGGUAUAGAUAGGACAAUGGCUGAACUGGAAAAUAGUAUGUUUAUGGUUCAAACUUCAUUUUAAAAGGACCUGAAAGCCUCAUAUCAUCACUUCCUUUGCUUGCCAGAGCAAGCAGAAGCUGUCAAUUACCCUUGCGCUCCAGCAGAUCACCUCAUCACUCCUUCUCUGAAGAAAGCCCCCAACCCCCCAAUUCUCAUAACAAGGCAACCAGAAGAGGCUUUUGAAAUGCCAAACAAAUUCAUAACAUCUGUACUGACUGCAAUAGAAAUGGAUUACGCCCACAAGGAGGGAGCUGGAGACCCCAAAAUGAGAUAACUGGCUGGCAACAUCUGAGAGAAUGUGGAAGAUGUGACCUCGCUACCACAGGGCUAUGCAGAAGCAUGAGGAGAAACUACUUGGCCCCAAGAUCUAGUAGUCAUAGGGAGAUAUUCCGUUAACAGUGCUAAUGCUUAGGACACCAAAACAGGGGUAAGCAGUGUGCUGGACUCCAGCUCCCAUUAUCUCUGACCAUCGGCCAUGCUGAUGGCAGUUGGAGCCCAACAACACUGGGAGCACAGUAAGUUAGCUAACCCUGCAGUAAAAGAUCAGGGUGGUUUUUGCUCAUGUAAAUUAGUCCACCAUUAUUUUCUGUGUCUUGUCAUUUCAUACAAGGCAUGCCUAGCCCUAGAGGACUUGCUAACUGGUUUAUUCCCCCCCUCCCCCCCAUUCCGCAGGUGGGUGUUCUUGCACGAGAAGGCCUACCAAAUAAGAGACACCUCCAUUGAGUCCUCUGUGGUGACCAAGGUGAAAGGCUUUGGCAAGUACAGUAACCAGGUCAUGGACACGGCUGAUUAUGUUACGCCUCCACAGGUAAGCCUUCACAAAGUUCUCAGGGAGGGAGUUGGGUUGAAAGGGUAUGGAGCUCUCCCGAGGCUGAAAGAUGGGCGGGCCGUUUGGUUUGUUGAUGUCUGAAUAAAUAAAUCAUUUUUAUUUUUGUCGUCAUGAUUUCAAUUUAAUAGUUGCUUGCUAUGUAAGGAGUCUCUAAGUUACUUGAGAGCAUAAAGUAUAAUAUAAAAUCAGAAAAAAGCAAUACAAGCUAUACAAUAACCCAUAGCACAGACCCAAUAAAGCAGCAGCAAACCCUUCAGCAGCAGAGUAUGGCUUCAGCAAUAAUUUGGGGCAGGGAGGUAAUGUGGCUCCCCUCUCAGAAAAAUAUUCCCUGUUAUAGUUUGUGCAUGACUGUGCAUCACUUUUUGUAACAAAGAUUACUAUAUACCUGAUUACUAGCAAGGGAAUGCAUAUGCUGACUGACUCCAUGUAAUAACAUUGUUUGUGAAGUGAUAAUAAUGUUCUAGAACCGUGGUUCCCAAAAUGGGGCACACGCCCCACAGGGGGGCAAUUUGAUUUUUAGGGGGGGGGAAUUUGAGAAUGAGUUAUUAACAGUGAAUGGCCUUUUAGGCUUCCUCCACGUGAAUAUGAGUUCACUUUUUGAAUAAAAAAGGUUGGGAACCACUGUUCUAGAAUGACCCAUUCAGCAUGGCCGGCCUGCCCAUGAGGCUGGUUGAAGUAGCUGCCUCAGGUGGUGGAAGUUGAAAAGACAGUGCCCCCAUGGGUGCCCCCUGCCGUGCCGCCAGUGGAGAAGUGGCACUGGCACUGGUAUCACUUCUCCACCAGUGACUGUCCUUCAGCUUCCCAGGUAUGGGCAGCAUGGCGACACAUUCCCAUUUCAUCUCAGGAGGCAAAACAGGAUGCGCUGCCCCUGCCAUUCAGUCAUACGAAUCACCCCCUGAUGUUGCAGCCAUCAAGUGAUAAAUGUGCAGGCAUGAACCAGAUAUACAUACGUAAUAUUUUAAUGGUGCAAAUGAGCCAUUUGUGUUUGCACACAAACAGUAAAUGGAAAAGGAUCAGGGCCUAUGGUGUCUGUAUUUUAAAAGAACAAACAUGGCUGCACAAUUUCAGAUGCUCAGUUGUGAGUAUUUCUUGCCCUGGGGAAUCACACCUGAGUGCAAACCUUGUUUAAAGCACUUCUAAAUGCCUUCUUGGAAAAUAAGUGUCUUAAUGAUUUCAUGCUUGCUCACUUGCCACGGCAAACGGUGCCAUAAAGGAGGAUUGUUGGUAGCAAUACAGUACAGAUGAAGGUAUGAAGAGCCUUUCUUGUGGAUCUAAGGCAGCAAGUAACUGGCAUCAGCAGAACUGUAGAUAAAAGUUUAUUGGAGUCUUGAGUCGGACUAUUCUAUGGAUAUGCGUUCAGAUUUCAUUGUACCUUCAGCAUCAAAUCUGAGACAGGUCAGUGAGCACAAGCAAUUUGUGUUCUAAAUAUAUAUACACUGUACUUCUCAGGACCGCAGAUAACCCUUCUAUGCUGUCCCCCCCAACCCCACUGGAACUGUAACAGAGUUCUAACGUUGCUCUCAUGUUCCCCAACUGAGCAGGAAAUUCCCAAAACAUGCUCAGGCCCAUUAGGAAUACAAAGAAUGCAGAAGAAGAGUUCCAUGAAUAGAAAACAUUGCGGGUAAGAACAUGAGCUGUUCCCACUCCCCACCCCCAAAGAUGAUAGGAACAACUGCUCCGAAUUCUGGAGCCAUCAACUUCAUCCCAGUUGUUUCUGAUUUUUGCUGCAUGUUGCAGUGAAACUGAUGGAUGGGGUGGAAUCCAAGAGUAAGGCUUAGUGAAGGAUAUGGCGUCCUGAGGUCUCUGCCAGCAUUUGCAAGUGGACUGAACCCAGGCAGCUGAAUGUGGACCUCUGCCGGGGAGUUGGGGACAACAGGAUAGGAUUGUCAAUUUGUUUGACUUGGUCACCGCAAACUGAGUUUUCAUGGGGCUUAAUAAAAGAGCGUUCAUGUUCAUUUAUUUGAUUUUAAAAUCUUUAAACUGCCCUUUGUCCAGACAAAUCCUCGGGUGGUGUAGAAUAAGAACAAUAUACUGUUGUGUGCCACCCCAAGAUCCAAUUGGUGUGAGGAUCCAAGGUUUACCCAAGGUUUGUGCUUCCUUUGGAAAGAGGGACAGCAGAGAUUGUGGUGUUGUUAUGAUAUAUGGCUUAUUUACACAUAUAUACAACCUGAGCCUACGAUGGAGGUUCUCACAGCAUUAACACUCCAAGAGGGCCUUGUUUAUCCCAUAGCCACAGCCUUGCAUUCACACACAAAUCAAACAUCACUCUGACUUUCUGGCUUCCCAGCAUGCAGCAUUUUUCCAGCUUCUAGCUCACACCCUUCAAUUCUUCGCUCUCACCUUUGUCUUUCUAACUACCAACAAGUUUGGUAUCUGGCACAGAUCCACUUCCUUUGUUCUUUUAAUGUCCCCAUAACCUAGGCUAUCACCUCACCAGGAAGCUAGCCUGACUCUUCUAGGAAUUUUAAUCCCAUCUUAUAUUACACUUGCUGGACAGGGGAUAGAAGAGUUUCAGCAUACAGCCUACUCCCCGCCUUCCCACCACCAGCCAAUUCAUAACAAUACAAUAGAAUCAAAACAGAAUUCAUCAUAAUAAAGAUACACACACCCAUUCCCUGUUACACCCCACCCAACUCCCUGCAAAUACCACACACUCUUUUUUAAAAAAAUAAAUUUUAUUUUCCCAUUUUUCCCAAUAGUAUUUUGACAUAAAUACAAUCCAGUAUUUUUCAGCAAAUAUAUGCAAAUGCCACAGUCUUAAACUGGCAUCAAAUAAAUUGUAAAGUCAAGCUUUUGGGGGGCGGGGGGGGGGGAAUUGCCAUGUCAAAUGGGUCCUGUGCUGUUUAUGGCCUUAAAAGUAUGCACCAGGACCCAUCCGUAUUUCUUAAUGACUUUUUAUGGUCUCCUGAAUGGGCAGUUUGCCAGCAGGGCUGGAAUAUGGGACGGUUCUCAGCAGUUGUGUACAUGAGAAACAGCACUGGCAAUUUAAAUAGGCAACAAAAACAGACUGGCAGGAUGGGGAGAAAGUCAGACUCUUGUGGUUGGCUGAAGUUAGCUGGAACUGGAACUGGGGUGUUCAGCAGCUGCUACCUACGUGUGGGAUGUCUGUUUGCCUCCAGUCGGCUUGCCUAUUUGAAGGGGGAGGGGGACAAAUAUUGCAAAGAAAACCAGAACUCAGUUGAUUUUGUAGAGAACUCAUCCUGGCAGCAGAGCCCCUGAAGCUCUUUACCACUCGGGGAAACAGCAAAUGUGUAAUCUCCUAGCACACACCUUCCUCAAUUAGGGGUGGGAAUCAACUGUCUCCCCCUUUUGCUUAGUGCUAGACCAGGGGUCAGCAAACUUUUUCAGCAGGGGGCUGGUCCAUUGUCCCUCAGACCAUGUGGGGGGCCAGACUAUAUUUUAUGGGAGGGGGGAAUGAACGAAUUCCUAUGCCCCACAAAUAACCCAGAGAUGCAUUUUAAAUAAAAGCACACAUUCGACUCAUGUAAAAACACGCUGAUACCCGGACCAUACACGGGCUAGAUUUAGAAGGCGAUUGGGCCGGAUCCAGUCCCCGGGGCCUUAGUUUGCCUACCCAUGUGCUAGACUGAGCAGUUUGCAUUCCUUCAUCCUUAAGCAUUUUUAGAAAAUUAUCUGAAGGCAUUUCCUGUUCUGCAUGGCAGGUCAUGGGUCAGGAAUGUUGGGUGGCUGUGAAGGGGCCGCCCAUCUCCUGGGCCCAGUGCUCCUGAUUCUGAAGCAGCUGCAGCCAACAUUUCAACUCCCCACCCAGUUUCUGUCGGGGAUUUAAAUGGCGGCUCCCAGCCACAGGCAGUGCUUGCCAGCUAGAGCAUUGUGUCAUGUUACACCCCCAGCAUCUUUCACCAGGGUAAAGAUGGGGGGGGGGUUAAGGUGAAAUACACCAGCAUGCAAGUUGUUGUAUUUGAACAUCAUUAAUGGAUUAUAGUAUGCUUUGCUGUUUGUCUUAUGGUUCAGUUUCCCUGCACCCCCCCCCCCACAAAUGGGUAACACAUAUAUUUGAUACAUUAAAUUAAUUUUGUUUUUUUGUUUUUUUUAAAAAAAAGACGGCACCUGAACAGGGUAGAAAAUCAUCCUGGCUUGCUGCUGUGCCUUUUAACAGCAUCUUACUCAGCAGAGAUCAGCAAAUGAAACCUUUUAUGUCCUGGAGAUAAGCAUAAUAAUCUGCUAAUGUCUUUACAGCUACAGUGGUACCUUGGUUCUCGAACUUAAUCUGUUCCAGGAGUCCAUUCGACUCCCAAAACUGUUUGAAAACCAAGGCGCAGCUUCCAAUUGGCUGCAGGAGCAUCCUGCACUCAAGUGGAAGCCGCACUGGACGUUUGGCUUCCGAAAAGCGUUUGCGAAUCGGAACACUUACUUAUGGGUUUUCAGUGUUCAGGAGCCAAUUUGUUUGACAACUAAGCCAUUUGAGAGCCAAGGUACCACUGUAUUCAUAAAGGGAUAAAGGACGGAGAUGGUGUACACAACAUCACUUGUUUAAAAUGCAGCUAGGUCAUUUUUUGGCUGUGGAAACAUCCACUGGUGUGCACACAGCAUUAGCUGCAAUCCAUAUCUUUCCUGCACCCUAUCUCUCCCCCCCUAAAUAGUGUGUUUUGAUGUGUUUCCUCCCAAACCAACUUCGAUCCAAUAUCGAUCCAACAAAAGGGACAACCUUGCUGCUUUUUAAGCUGGUAACAUGUACACAAUUCUUUUCUCAUUUUGGAUUCGAAGCUGGGUAAAAUACAUCAAAACUCAAGAUUUAGUAAGGAACGGCAGGACUGAUACAAGAUAAAUAUGGAUUGUGGCUAAUGUGUGUAUCCUGCUUUUCAAACCAGCAGUGGGAGUGCACUCUAAACGGAGUAAAGGGAAUGUGCGGUUCAGCGAAGGCUCAGACAUGGAGGGGACACCUCCAAACUCCAGCAUCAGCCAGAGCCGAGCAGCUUUUCAGAGAGCUGCAAGGGGGAGGAAGAGUCAGCAAAAAAUGCUUUCCCCCUUCCUUCAGCAGAAACACCCCAACAGUGGAACUCUGCUCAUAGGAGCUCAAGUUCUAAGCCACACGUUUCAAUUUUGCUUGCCGAAAACUGCAACAGGGGAGGGGAACUGCCAUAAAAUGUUUUGGAAACUCCGAGUAACCUUUUUUCAUUGGCAGACGUAGGAAAGUUGUGGUGCAGAAGAGAACUUUCCUUCUUAACUUAUUGGAAAAUUCAGAGUAAUUCCAAGCACAGAAACCAGCUCUGUUUUUGUUUUCCUGCCCAGUCCCGAGGCAGAUGCUUGAAAAAGGGAAACUCAUUUUCUCCUAAGAGUUGUGGCUUCUUAUUUCCAGACUUGACAUUCCAGAACAUAAGGGCUGCUCUGUGCUGUUUGUUUCAAAGUGGGACCUUGUUUCAGGAUCACUUUACAUGGAAAUUUAGUUACUUCAUUUUAUGAACCAGAGAUUCCAGGUAAGCUGUGCGGGAGAGGGGGAGAUUUGAACUCGCGUCUCCCCAGUUUCAUGCCAAUACUCUAAUACACUCACCACAUUGCCUCUCUUACUUUUGUUUGUCCAUCUGUGUAAGCAUUGUGAGGAGCCAGGGUCAAUCUCAGUUCCUAGUGCCUGUGUGAAAAAUGCAGCUGCAAGCAUUCAGUUUUUUUAAUCGUGUGAACACCUUUAGGUAUUUAGGCGCCCCUAGGUGUGGAACAUUUUACAAGUGCGCCAUACAGAUCCUUAGAUUAUAUUGAAAUUACACAGCUUUAAAAAAAGUUAUUCUUUAUUGAAAAAUAAAAAGGAUUUUUGUACCCAGUAUAAAAUUACAAAUGAAAAGAAUAACCAUUGUUAAAAUACACCUGUGAAAAAAAGAUUGUACUUAUCCUAAACUUAACCUAAUACUGUGUUUAUAAAGAUGAUUUCUAAAUAUUGUUAAUUUUGUCUUUGGCAAGUCUACAUUUGUACUUGUUUGUCUAUUCCCAGUAACAAGGGCUGGUGAACUGGCUGGCUUGGCUCCCACACCUUCUUGCCUGCUUACUCUGAGGCAGCCUUUGCUCCUGGCAACCAGCACCCUCUGGCUGGCCCCAGAGGCCCCAUUUGCCUGGGGAGCUUGUGGCCAGGGCUGGUGCAGUAAACGGCUGUGUAAGCCUUUGGGAGGCAGAGAUGCAGAAGGGCAUCAGAGGAGGGAGGGAAGAAAAGUGGGACGGAGGCCAGGGAUGCUUGCAGCACCCCUGGCCAUCAUUCAAGGCACCCCAGGGUGCCACGGCACACUGGUUGAAAACCACUGGUGUACAGGAUGCAGGUUCUCUGCACAAGUUCCCUUUCAAAUAUUAAAUGCAAAAGUGACUGUGCAUAUGGCUGAGUAGCUGCAGAAGAACAGCCAGAGAAAAGGGAGGGGUUUAAUGUUAAUAAUAACAAUAACAAUAACAAUAACAAUAACAAUAUUUUAUUUAUUUAUACCCCGCCCAUCUGGCUGAGCUUCCCCAGCCACUCUGGGGAAUACAGCAUUAAAGCUUAACCCUUUCUGAUGAAAAAAAUCCUCCCCAGCAACUUUUCCCCCUGGGAAGGAAGGGUACCCCCCAAAACCUUUUCCUCCCCAGUGGUGGAAAAGCUUGAGUGAGUGCUCAAGGGAGGGAGAGGGAGGGUUUUUAAAAAAGAAAAAGAAAAGUGUUGUUGUUUUAAAAAAAUAUAUGCACAAUUGCAUCUCCUUUCCAAUUCGUUGCCUCGGGGUCUUAUUUUUAAAAUUCUAAUCCAUUGCAAAAAUAGUCACAGGUCUGGUAUGGUGAAUUUUUGCAAACUUAUUGAGAGUUGGUUGCAGCUGACUAACAUUGGUCGAUGUGGACAGGCAGGCUCAUAAAGAAAUGUUUGCUUGUCCCCGUCUCUUAGUCUGUGCUUUGAUCCUUGCCUGGGUGUUCUCUGAUUCUUUCCCACCCAUUGCUUCACUUGGCAUACUCUUCUUCAACUUGUCGUUUGGGUUUAAUUUUGCAUUUUAUUUUCUUGGUCUGUGACUGUGGUAACUCAUUUGUUCACCAUUCUUCUGUCUCUAUGCCCUUCCUUGUGACAACGUGAACUUUCCCCUCCUUUCCCACCCUGCUCCCACCUGCUCCUAGGGAACAUCGGUCUUUGUGAUCAUCACCAAACUCAUUGUGACGAAGAACCAGUUCCAAGGCAUCUGCCCUGAUGUAAGCAGGUCAGGCAAGAGAGGGUGAAGGGAGGUGGCCUGGGGCUGUGGUUUCUCCUGCCAUGUCUUCCGGGCUCUAGACAAAAAGGGGCUUAGCCUUUGGUGCUUCCCUCCUUAGCUAUUCCUUUGAGAAGACUAUCCUGCUGGCAGAGGAAGCUUUGCAGCAGGAGCUGUCAGUGUGGUGGGGCAGAGCUGCAGAGCCGCCCUCCUGACGCCACGUAGCUUGCUUGAAGCGGAUGUGCUGGGGCACAGUGGCAGCAACGUGGGCACAGCCAAUCCGGUGUUCUUGCUGGUGGCAGCUCUGACGUUCCGCACUGGCCUGUUCAUUUUGGAGUAUAAAAAGCUGCCUUCACCGUCUAGCUCAGAACUGCUCACACUAAUUGGCUACAUUGGUGGCAGAGAAAGGGGCGGGGUGGAGUUCAUGGAUUUUAUUAAUGGGCUCCCUCCAAAAAAGAAAUUUAAGGACUGAUUGUGAAUGAGACAGGGUGAGGAUCGGGAGCUAAGAUAUUCUUAGCUCCCUCAGGAGUCUGAGCAUCUCAGAACAGGGGGACAAGGUAACUGGGAACUAAUAUUGGAAACAUUAGAGGUUUCUUCUCUCUGCCCAUCUCUUCUCUUUCCUGUUUCAUAAAUAGCCGGGGUACAAGUGCAAGGGGGACAAAGACUGCAAGAAGCCCGUCCCCACCGCCACAGGAGCAGGUAAGCAACGGACAACAGACAAGGAAGGAACAAUGUAUAAAUGAAAGGCUUGUCUUUACCUUUCAUUGUCACUGUGAAAUGUAUUGGCUUUGGCUCAUCGUUGGCAGAAUGAUCUAGACACCACUGACCUACUUUUUUUCAUACCCAAUGAUCUGAGGGCACAUGAAUGAUGCUGUGACAGUCCGGGGGGGGGGGGAGCCAAGCUGGGGCUGGUUGGUACCUGGAUUGCUCUGUACAGAAUUUUAUUUUUAGAACAAUUUCUGGGAUGACGGGAAGGAUAAAUAGUUGGAAUGUGUGGAACUUAUUUUUCCCACCAUACGUUCUUGAGUUGUGUUGAAACAAGACAGGCAUCCAGCACAGGAAAAAAUGAGGUUUAAAAAGAAUAAUGUGGCUUUAGAGAUUAUUUUGAUUAAGACUGUCCGCAGGCUCUAGCUGAAUCAGCUCCCAAACCAAAUCAGGCCAGUUCAGGUUGACCUGGGGUUCAGCCAGGUUGAGGCAGUCAUGGAUUGCCCCACAGUGGAUUGGAUGUGCUUGAUCAAAAGGCGGGUGGUUGGGUGGCGGCUGAGGAGAGCGCGGAGACUGCAAUGGACCCCUUAUAAUGAGCUGGAGAGUUCCAUCCAGUUUUGCUAUUUGAGGUGAACUACAAAUUCUCAAGUAGUCUUUGAAUGAAGACAUGGCUUCCUGACAUGCUGAGCUUUGCUUUUUUUUACCAUGACAUUUUCCUGAUGGAGUGUUUCCUUCUGCAGGGAUCCUGACGGGCCGAUGUGUUAAUUACAAUUCCACUUUCCAGACCUGUCAGAUCCAGGGUUGGUGCCCAGCAGAGGUGGACAAUGUAAACGUGUAAGUGCUUGGACCAUGAUUAUUUCAAAGAGAAGGAACAUUGACCCCACUGUGAACCUUCAAUCAGAGCUGGCGCCCUAGCAAACUGACUAGUCAAAUAAUGCCCAGCAGACCCGCCAACUCUUGUCUUGAGGCCAAAAAUGUCCUUGCGUAGGUGGUGGCUUAGCUUUUCCAUUUGUUUUAAUCUGACAUGGAAGGACAGGAUGGUUCUUUGACAGUUAUCCCAGUACUGAUCCAGUGCCUUCUUAAGACUUCCAGCUGCAGGUGACUUGAGCAUCAUAACCAGGCCCCAACUGGUGGAUGCAUGAAAUGUCUUAGUGCCUCACAGACAAGUAUAGGCUUGUUCCUGAUUCAAAAUGAGGAAAUCCCCCAUAUCUUAUUUCACCUGGUUAUUUCAUUUGAUUAAAAGGUGGUGAUGUGGUCAUAUCCUUCACCACAUCUGAGGCAGCAGUCUUCUUCAGGAGGUCAGGACAUGCCCCACUGAAAGCACAGACAGCCCCUGUCCUCCAACGAGGGAAAUGGCUAGCGGGGCUUAGGAGGAAUAGCCAGGAGACAUUUGCCACUUGAGGCAGUCCCCUCACUUUGCCUAAUGGCUGGGCCAGCCCUGCAGUACUCUGCCCUGUUCCAAAUGAUCAAUUUCCUUUACUUUUCUCCCUGCAGACCUGUCAUGCUAGAAGCAGAAAACUUCACCCUCUUCAUUAAGAACAGCAUCCGCUUCCCCCUGUUCAAUUUUGAAAAGUGAGUAAAGGGGCUCCAGCCUAUAAACCUGAGUGGGGAUGGCAUUCAGGAAUGUGGCUCCCGAUACGCUUGGUCUGAAAGCUGCCCUCUGGAAAUUCCCCUUGGCCAGAGGUUUCCUCAUCCCGCUGGAAUUGUGUUCUCUGGCAGUUGCAGGAGGGCUCCAUGCAAAGGGUGGGAAGUGGUGGCACUGACUGACAGUGGCUGGGCUGCAACAGGCCUCCUGGGCCAUCAAACCAGUCUGCAGCAUAGGGCAGGGACAGGGAACCGUGUGGCUCUCCCCCCACCCCCACCAAUACUCCUGGACUCUAGUUCCCAUCAGUCCCAGCCAGCAUGCCCAGUAGUCAGAAAUGAUGGGAACUGUAUCCCAGCAACACCAGUUCCCUAUCUGCAGCAUAGGCAUAGCCACUGGAUGGCAUUUGGCUGAGUAUGUCAUCUCUGUCAAGCACAGUAUGAUGCAGAUUCCCAAAUCUGGUGGCCACCAGGUGAUGGGGAUUGUAGUCUGGAACACCUGGAGGGCAUGGCUAAUGUGCAGUGUAGUGGGUGCAGGUUGCAUGUCAGCAAAGCAGGCUCUUCCACACCAAUAUUAUUCUUUCCUCCCUGGAGAUUCAGGUUUGGGGGGGGGGGUUGUGAACAAUAAGAAUGUGAAUUGUGCCAGCAAGCAUCUGUGGAGAAGGAGAAAGAGAGAGAGAGAGAGAGAGAGAGAGAGAGAGAGAGAGACCCCUAUAAUGACCUCUCUCCCUCAUAAUGUCUCCAAGCAAGUUAUUUUUAUUUAUUUUAUUUCAUAAAAUUUAUAUAUUUAGCAUUUAUUGAUUGUAAGGUGAAACCUCAAAGCAGUCCAUAUUGACUCUGCAUUCCCCUUGGCCACUGGGGAGAGUCAGGGCUCGCUGUUUCAUUGUCAAGCAAGUUGUGCCGCAGAAGUAGACUGGGAAGGUUCAGAGAGCAGCUCACACAUCCCCUAGCAAACCUUGCAGUUCUUCUGGCUGGUCUCUUUCACCCUGUGAUGGCUGUGGCUCUAGUGUCACCUCCAAUUACUUCUAGGUGAAGGGAGCAGUAGGGCAGGCUCCUCAGACCGAGUUGCAUUGCGCCACCAAGCCCUGACUUUUCUUGCCUCUGACUUUCCUCACUCUCUUCAUUUGGGGCUCAGCAGUUCUCAUCUUAGUCUGACUUGCUUUGCCUCCUUCCCAGGGGAAACCUCCUACCCAACCUCACAGCUGAAGAUAUCAAGAGAUGCCGCUUCAACCCGGUGGAGCAACCCUUCUGCCCCAUCCUGCGCCUUGGGGAUAUAGUGAAAUUUGCUGGGCAAGACUUUGCCCAAUUGGCUGACACAGUGAGUAUUACUGCUGCCAAUACGAAACACUAGGAUGGGUGCUCUGUGGCUGCUGUGGGGUAGUGGCCAGGAUUGCAGUUUUGAGCAUUGGAAGCCUAGUUUCUGACCUGAAUCUCCCCCUCAGCUGUGAUGCUUUCUCAGUGGUCUUGGGAACUCACUGAUACACAGUCUGUCCUACCUUGCAAGGCUGCUGAAAUUCUAAAGUGCAGCUCUGAUCUCCUUAGAACAUCACAACCAUUGAAAUUAAUGGUGCAACAGUGGUACCAGGAUGAAAGCAUUUGCAAACAGAGAUUGCAGGGACCACAGGUAUGGGGUUAGGGUAGAUAACUUUAUGGUGAUGUUCAUAAGAUUACACCCCUGUACUUUGGAGAUGCCACUCCUCAGCCCCUCCAAAUAGAGCUCUGAAACCCUGGAGAGCUGCUGCCACUCAGUGCGGACAAUAUUGAACUUGAUGGACCACUUUCUGAAAACUUGGGUGCAACUCAGCUAACAGAUAGUGUAGGAAUCUGGAGGUUGCUUACUCUAGCUCUGUACCUUUGAUCUCUACGCUGACUUUUCUACCUUUUGGUAUUAAGGCUGAUAUCCUUAAGCUGCAUCCUCUCUAACUUUCACCUCCCUCUCCCUCUCCUCUUUUGGACCUUGAGAUGAGAGGUCAACAAAAGAAGCAAGCAUAUUAUUUCUCCAGCCUAGUUAGCUUAAAACUAGAACCUCUACCCUACCCAAGUUAUGUGCUUCCCAUAAUAAAAUCAUUUGCUACUUUUCCUCAACAAGGGUCUGUGUGUGACCAUAACAGGCAAACCUGCACACUUACAGUUAUAAGCUGUCUCAAUUCCAUUACUGGUGGUCUCGGUCUCUGUGUAAAGCAGAUUCCUAUCAUCCUAAUGGAUCCAGAAUAGCUACCACUCAUUCACAAUCCAUUGGUAGCCAGGAUUAGAACCCCUCACACCAUGUGUAAGCAUGAAUUAAAAAGAUGGUGGUGGGGAAAACCCAUCCUUGUACUAUACAGUGGUACCUCGGUUUUCGAACGUAAUACGUUCCGGAACACCGUUCGAAUUCUGAAACGUUUGAAAACCCAAAACUCAAUACGGAAGCCUUAAUACAGAAAACACAAUAUGGAAAACAGUACGGAAGCUGCGUGGCAUGUUCGACUUCCAAGGUGCAUUCGAAAACCGAAAUGUUUGUCAACAAAGACGUUUGGAAACCGAUGUAUCACUGUAUUUUAGUGACCCUAAUUUGCACAAUAAAAUAAUUAAAGACCACAGAAGCAUAAUUUAAUUAGUAUGACAUGAUCUUGGGCCACCUGCCUUUAGACCUGUCUGUGAAGUUCCUUGUCCCUGCUUAGUGGCCAGAAACUCCCUGCUCAGCUUGUAGGGAGAUUUUGCCUGAGGGUGUGUUUUUCUGCACAGGGUGGGAUAAUAGGGAUCAAGAUCGGAUGGGUGUGUGACCUGGACCAUUCUUGGGAUCGCUGCGUCCCCAGCUAUUCGUUCAACCGGCUUGAUGGUGUCUCUGAAAAGAACAAAGUCUCUAAUGGAUACAAUUUCAGGUAAGUGUGGAGCUUUUCAGUCCUCAAUCAAAACCAGUGCUCGGAAUCCCUUCCCCUGUUGCAAUGACUUGGUAAAUUAAGAUUCCUCCCCACAUUCUCACCCUUGCUGUGGCUUGUAAACAUGCUGUCCUGUGCACUUUCGCGCCCACCCACACAUCUUCCACCUGCUUUCCCCCCGGUGCAGAUACACCAGAGGCAGCCCUCAUUAUAUAUGACUUGUCAGCUGCAGAACUCGUCUCGCACAUAAGACACAUCUGCUCUGUACAUAAAUGCAGGUGUCCUUACUCUGCCAGCCACACACAGAGAACAAAGGGGAAGAAUGGCAGUUCAGUAGCAGAGGGCACAAUUUGCAUGCAGAAGGUGCCUGGUUCAACCCUUGCUAUUUCUAGGUGAAUUAUCAGAUAGGUGAAAGAAAGAAAAAUAUGUUUGAGAAUUUGAAGCGCUUCUGUCAGUCAGAAUAGACCAACAGUCAUCAAUGUUUUGAGACCUGAGACCCACCUUUAACCCAGACUUGCAUUUGACGCCCAUUUCUUAUCCUUUUUACCACAUAUUUUGUAUGAUAGUUGUGCCACUGUUGCAGCCCAUCUUAGUUCAGGCUGUGAGAAAGCACUGUUUCCUGACACACCCACAGCAGACCAAUGGAGUAGAAGGUAUUGAGCUAGCGAAUUAUUAGUCUAGCAAAUUUUGAAACAGCUUCCUGUGUAUUUUGGGGUCCCAGCACCUUUAAUUGUUUCAUUUAUUUCUCAGGGUGCGAUAGGAAGUUUUGUCACUAUGUACUUGUGUGUUGAGGCACUCGGGGUUCUACCCAACGAAGUUGCCCAUUUCCCCAAAGACUUUUGCUUGUGCAACAGAACUUCUCCUCCCUCUCCCUGUACACCCACCCAUUCUGUCCCCUUAACCUUCUAGAGCACAUGGGAAGUAGAGAGGGAAGGGAAGUCCUUGUGUGAACAGGAUGGCUCUGUUGGACACAACCCACAGUUUGCAAAUAACAGCCUUAGUGCCUUCUAGCUGCUAGCUGGCAAGCAUUCUAUUGCAGGUUCACAGCCUUCUGACUCUCCUCUUCUACUGUUACAACCAUCCAAUGGCACCUCACCAUUAUGUUUACCUUGCAUGGAUGUGUAUGUACAUGCAAUCAUGUGUUUGCUGUCGGCCUAAACAGACCCAUGGACUUGUGUGUCCCCCUUUCCCUCGCCCACAGAUAUGCCAAAUACUACAAGCAAGAGAACGGCACAGAGUUCCGCACCCUCAUGAAAGCCUUUGGCAUUCGCUUUGAUGUUCUGGUAUACGGGAAUGUGAGUGGCACAGGGCAACUGCGUGAACAGAAAGCAAUGGCUAGGCAGAGGCCUGAUGGGAUAUGGCGGGAGAGAGUUAAAUCUUAACUAAUGCCCAGGGAGUUAAAAGCCCAGGUCCUUAUGUAUUUACAAAGGUAAUAUGUCUUGCAAGGGGUACUUGUAGUACAAUCCUAUACAUGUCUAUCCUGAUGAGCCUCAUGAAAUUCAAGGGAACAUACUUCCAGGUGUCCAAUUGUAGGAUUUCAGCUACAGUAUUUUAAUGAAAGGAAUCAGGUUGAUCCAGACUGAGGCUGCAGUCCUGACCAUGUCUAUUCAGAAGUAAACACUACUGAAUUCAGUGGGAUUUACUAGCAGUUUGGAAGCACGCCAAAGUGCAAGUAGAUAAAUAGGUACCACUCUGGCGGGAAGGUAAACAACGUUUCCGUGUGCUGCUCUGGUUCGCCAGAAGCGGCUUAGUCAUGCUGGGCAUGUGACCCAGAAGCUGUAUGCCGGCUCCCUCAGCCAAUAAAGCGAGAUGUGCGCAGCAACCCCAGAGUCAUUGGCGACUGGACCUAAUGGUCAGGGGUCCCUUUACCUUAAGUGGGGUUAGGAUCACAGCCCAAGUUAGUUGAAAUCAGAAGAGCAGCUUUGGGGGGCGGGCGUUUUUAAUGAAUUCUAUAUUAACGAAACAUAAAGUAAAACAGUGCUAACAGAAAAGAAUCUCUAAAGUAAAUAAGAAGUGGCAACGUUAGGAUUGCGAAGGAUAUGCAUACAUUCAAAAAUUAUUCUUUCAAAACUUCACAAAUAAAACCCAUCUUUUCACAAAUAUGUUCAGAUGUUGCUAGUUACCCACUCUUCUGUAUUACGUUAAUUAAUCAAUAAUUCCAUAUUGAAUUAUUAUUGUGGAACUGUGGAUUCUUGACCAUCAAAGUGACACCAGUGGCCAUGGCAAAGAUGGUAACCUGGAAUGAUUAAGAUGACAAUGGCAUCCAUGACUGUGGCCCUUCUACAGAGAGCUACAAGCUAAGGUAGAGGUGCUUUCAUGAAUAGCCCAAGAACGCCUUUCACAACUGGAGGGGGAGCCAUUUUGGUGGUAUCACAGUUCGCUGACAUUUAUUCCAAUCCUCUGAUUCUUCAAGGAGAACCGCUUUUGGUAUGCUAACUUUGCCUUGUGUUCCCUCAGGCUGGGAAAUUCAACAUCAUCCCAACCCUCAUCAACACAGUGGCAGCCUUCACAUCUGUUGGGGUGGUAAGCAUUUUGGAUUGCCCAAGCUUUUGUCAUGUCUUCUCUCCUUUCAUUGUUUAGUCCAAAGAACUGGUUGGAUUUCACCAUUCAUGGGUUUUAGGUCUCAGAACUUCACACACCUGAUUAGGACAAGGUUCUCUAGAGCAGUGUGGACACUUUUUCAGCCCAAGAGCUACAUUUCCUUCUGGACAGCCAGAGUGCUCUUGUCCUUCCUUCUUGCUUGCAAACUUCCCACAGGCAUUUGGCUGGCCACUGUGGGAACAGGAUAUUGGACUAGAUGGGCCAUUGGCCUGAUCCACCAGCCUCCCUUUAUGUCCGUAUGGAUUCUCCGACUGGGGAGGAGAGUGGAAAGUGCUGGAUUUUAGGAAGCUCCGGAGGAUCAGGGAUUUGAGCUUCUUUUUGGACAGGAAGCUUUUUCUAAUUUGAAAAUGUCAAUUAAUGCACCAGUCAGUCCGUUAUGCCCAGAGUUGCUUCUUCUGCUGUACCAUUUUGCCUGGCCACUUUUCCUGUGAGAGGCCAUCUCACCUCUUCUCUUCUCACUUCAGGGGACAGUCUUGUGUGACAUUAUUCUCCUCAACUUCCUGAAGGGAGCAGAUCAGUACAAGGCCAAGAAAUUUGAAGAGGUGGGUCUCUACAGUACACAGUUAAGUUCAUUGCCAGCAAAAGUACCCCCGUGCCAGUAGACCUCAGCCUUUUCAGACCAGGACCCUCUUAUGGUUGUAGUGCUGCUGUUGUAGCCCAUCUUAUGUCAAAUGAUGGAUGACCUAGCAGUGCAUCUUGGCCCACCAGCUGAAGAUCAAUUAUAGUAGACUGUGCUCGCUAUGAGGAAAACUCCCCUCUACUCCCCUUGUUACCUCCGCCCCCAGCCUUGUUCACACCUAACACUGAACCAAACCAUGACUCAGUGUAAAUAAGAAAGUGUGCUGGUGCACACUUAGAACACUACGGCCUCUUCCUUCUUCCCUGCUCUUGCCCUGUCACAAGGAGCUAAGUCACAGUCUGCAGAGUAGAGCAUGAGAAGAAAUGUUCAGAAUUGUGCAAGCUAGUGUGGGGCAGGGGUUCGAGUGUUGGGCUAGGCCCUAGGAGACCCAGGAUCAAAUCCCCACUUGGCAGUGAAGCUCAUUAGGUAACUUUGGGCAAGUCACUGUGUCUUGGCCUAACUUAGCCUCUCUGGGUUGUUGUGGGGAGAACCAUGUAUGCCACCUUGAGCUCCUUAGAGGAAAAGUAGGAUAUAGAGGUAAUAAAUAGGAAUAGUAAUGAUUCCUCUACAAAGGUAACAGCUUUCUGUCUCUCUCCGCACCCAGGUGUCAGAGAAAGUGUUGCAUCCAGACACUUCUGGAAGCCCCAUUUACCAGAACAACCAGACCCUGGGACGUCGUUGUGAGGAGAAACAGUCAACUGAUUCAGGCACCUUCUCAAUUGGACUCUAA